AUGCUGAACGCCACGGAGCUGAAGGCGCUCGUGGAGGAGAAGUCCACCCCUUCGCAGGUCACGUGCGACAGCUCCGUGCGUGGGUGUGGGGCCGCCUGUUUCUCUUCUGAGCGGAAGGGAACAGCAGGGGAGGAGGUGGACCCGCGCUGGAAACCGUGCCAACUUUUUUUUGCUCGUGUUUUUCUUUGUUUUGGGAGCCGAGCCCCCUUUUCCUCCUUUUUUUUUGCUUUUUUGCUGUGCGCACACCCUCCCGUUGAGGGGCGGGCUCCUUCUCCACACACCCCGAAGAGGGCCGCCGCGUUGCAGCGAUGA